UGAAGAAAAUAACAACGGUAAAUUGUUCUAAAUAACAUGAAGGCAAGGACUAAAAGACAUACAACUAUAUCGUGUUGCUAUUGGAAAGAUUCCAUUACACAGAGAUGCAAAGGGAAAACCACAGUCAUUUGCCUCUGCAUUCAUCUCCCUGGUGCAAGUGGGCAUUGUUCUGUACCCCAUGGCGGGAUUAGAAAUACUGCCAGGGAACAAGUACACAAAGUUGUUAAGGAAACCAGAAUGCAUCAGCUCAGAGUUAUUUACAGAGAACUUUCAGGAUUAUCACAUUCAAUAAAAUCAACUCUGUUUAAACAUGCUUCACUGCUUGCCAGUACAUCCCAAUCACGUAUCUAUUUUGAAGGGUCUUUCAAUCAGCUGCACUUGAGUAAAAAUUCAAGAGUCAGUGAAUGAUGGUCACAUCACAAAAGUGUAAUUUAUGUGUGGCAUUUCUGUAUUACAUGUUUGAUCUUGUUCACACUUGCCCCAACCAUUGUCAAGUUUGUUGGCUUCUGUAAUAUCGGAACAAGGUGGCUGUUGACUGCCAUUGAUAGAGAAACAUUUCCUCCAAUGCAGCUGUUGUCUGUGUUACACAAUACUGAUACAGCAGGACUUGUCUCUUCACAUUCUCUCCACUCAGCUUUCAAGCUAGAUAGUGACAGCUGCCUCUGGCCAUCGUUUUCAUCCUUAAUCGUGAAUUGGAAUUUUUCCAGCUAUCCAAUUCUUUGAAAAAAGUUGCAGGGUUGUUUGUUUGUUGAGAGAAUGAGGAUUUUCAUAGCCUUUGAGGGAUCUUUUGAACCAUUUGAUGUUUCAGCAGACGAAACUGUGGAGGCUGUCAAGCUGAUGAUAAAGGAUUAUUUCCACAUUCCUCUCUCUGAAGAUGAACAAGGCAGGCGGUAUCUGGAGCUGAUAUAUGCUGGAGCAGCCCUAAAGGACAGCUGGAGUCUUGCGGAUGUUGGAAUAUCUUUUUGUUCAACUCUCAAAUGCUUUGUUAAGGAAGAAGAUAAGCCAACUCUCUAUGUGUUCAAUGCUGUGACCCAAGAGACAAUGCCAAUGAUGGAGAACAUCUCCCUUCUUAGUAAAAAAGUGUCUGAUCUGAGAACACUGGUAGCUCUGAGAUGUGGCUUUCCCGUGAGUGUCUUCUGUCUCCGGACCCCAAACGGAAUGGAGAUGUAUGACUGCAACACCCUCAGGGACUACCAAACAGACAUCGGCACAACACUUCGUUUGGACGUCUGGGAUGGAUGGAAGGAAUUUCUGAUGGGUUGUCUUCUGGGACAAAAACUUAAAGUCCAACGCUAUUUAUCAAAUGAAGGACCAGUACUCAAGUACCAGAAAAAGGUAGCCCUGUUCAUCGCCGCCUUCUAUGGGUACAUCGAGCUCACUGAAUGGGCCCUGAAGCAAGGCAUGCGGCCCGAUGAGGCUGUCGGUGUUCACCCCUAUCGAGCAUGGUGCCAUGAAGCCCUUCAUGCAGAUGUCUCUAAAUGCCCCAUUCAUGCAGCUGCAGAAGCGGGCCAACUGUUGAUUCUGAAGGCCUUUGUCAACUGCAGCGUGCUGUGCCUGGAAUGUAAAAACGCAGCGGGGCAAAUCCCCCUGACCAUCGCAUUUAAACACAAGCAUAAAGACUGUGUAUUGUAUUUAUUGAGCAAAAUGUGGUCCACGGUUUCUUUUCCGAAAAUAUCAGUUCCCAUGAGGAUUUAUAUUAAAAUAAAACAAUGGGUCCUCAAAGCUCAGAGUCACAACCUUAAUAAAAGCCAGCUUUGCGGCGCAAGGGUCCUUGGGGCAAAAGUUGGAGACACUGUGAUGGUGGAUGGUUUCACCACACCACAAAUGACCUCCAAGGGCUGGCAUAAGGCUCAGAACAAGGACUCACAAAGCACUGUGGGUAAGCUACCACCUCUCAAGGAAGAAACUGCAAGCAAGAAACCUGUCAAUCCUUUGGCAAUUUCACAGCAGAUCACAAGACGACAAACCUUGAAAUUACCUCCACCGGUAGAUGCAAAUACGUUCUUUAAAUUACAAAGACAGCAACAACAAAAUCAGAAAAAAAUUACUGCUGCAGCUAAGAAAAAAGAAAAGUUCAUAAAAAAUACAUAUCUCCCCCAAAUCCCCCUCCCUCCAGUUUCAAGAGUGGGCUAUUCACACCCAUCUUUUUACUAUGCAACACCCAGUGCUGACUUUUUACUCAAAUCAUCCUUUGCGUGCUUCUCAGAGCACAGUGGUAAGACUCCAAGGGAGAACGCCAUCUACUGCUUAGCCGUGGCCAGUGCCUUUAAAGAGAAACGAUGGCUUCAGCAGUUAGGAAUAGCAAGAGUUCUAGCCAAAAAGAGCAUUUCUAACCUGACCACACAAGGAGGCCUGACAGCAUGUGAAAAUCCUCCAGAAAUUGUGCUUUGAAGAGUCAUGACAACCUCAGUUUGGGCAAAGACCUGAUCAAACAGAAUCUUCGGUUCUAAUGUUAACAUUUCAAGUAAUUAAUGCUAUAAGUUCUAAUAAUAGUUCUAAUGCUACACAAUUAUCAACAGGAUAUUUAAUAUCUAACAUCAGGUUUUCUUGAAUUCCAUCACUGGCAGUGAACAUUCCAGGCAUGUGUUUUGCAUAGUUUGAGAAAGAAUCUAUAAGAAAUGGAAGGUAGUAGUCGCCUUACAGAGUAGGAAAACGGGAAGGAUGGGAACCAAGAAUGGGGGUGAGAACUUUUACAGUUUCUCUUUUUUUGUUUUCCUGGGUUUAUUUUUAAUGCUUUCUUUUUUUUUAAACCAUAUUAAUGUAGAACAUAAUAAAAAUAAAUUCAUUUUAAAAGUAGGACGGUUACAAAUCAUCCUCCUACAAAAGUCAAGUUCUGGUCUUAGAUAUCUUUUGAACUUCUGCUAAAAUAUCGCUUUCCAUUAAUUUUUUAAAAUUGAUACACACAGUGAAUUGCACCAAAUCUUAAACAUAAGAUUCUAUGGCUCUGACAAAUAUAUACAUCAAUAUAACCAAUACCCCAGUCAAGAUGCAAAUACUUCCAUUUCCCCAGAAAGUCUCUCCAAGCUCCUAUAACUAAGUCCAUCCUAAUCCCCUAUAGGCAUCCACUUCUCUGAUUUCUGUAUCCAUGCAUAAAGUUUUCUAGUCAAAGAAAUCAUACGAUUGGUCACUUCUGUUUGCUUUUGUUGCUCUGUGUAAUAUUUAUGCUGUUGCAUGUAUCAAUAGCAUAUUCUUUUCUCUCUCUCUCUGUAGUGAUAUUCUUUUUCAUUCUGGGUAUUGGUAACUUUUGCUUUCUCUACUUUUCUUUUUGUCAUAAAUAGUCUUGCUGAUGACUUAUUGUUAUUAAACGUAAAUGGUUUUUAUCAAUUUUAAUAGUUUAGUUUUUACAGUGAACUAUUACUUUUCAUUCUUUCUAUUGUAUAUUUGUGUUCUAAUUUGUUUCUUUUUUUUUUUUUUUACAGUUUUUACUUCUCUGAUUAAAAUUUUCAUCUUUCAUCCAAUGUUUUGGACAUAUUAUUCAUAGUUAUUUUGGAGUCCAGGUCUAAUAACUCCAAUAUCUCUACUUCCUUCAUUCAGAUCUUUCUUUGACUUUUCUUUAUUACCUAGUAUAUUCCAUUGUAUGGAUACACCAUAAUUUAUCUGUUCAGCUGUAUGUGUAUUUGGGUUGCCUAUAGUUCUGUGUUAUUAUGAAUAAAACUACUAUGAAUAUUAUUGUAAAGGUCUUUUCCUGGACAUAAGCUUUCAUUUUUCUUGGGCAAAUACCUAGGAGUGGAAUUAUUGGAUAAUA